ACAGAUGAGCGUGCGUUGUGCAAUGCUGUGAUCCUCACCAGUGUUUCUGCUGCUGCUCAAAAGUACACAGCAGUUAGCGAUCUGUCCACGCCAAGCACAGAGGCAGUCAUUUCCCAACAAGUCAUUAGAGAGUGAACAACAGCAGCAGAAAUGGGAGACUGGGGCUUCUUGUCGACUUUGCUGGAUAAGGUCCAGACCCACUCCACUGUCAUUGGGAAGAUCUGGAUGAGCGUCUUGUUCCUUUUCCGGAUCAUGGUCCUGGGAGCUGGAGCGGAGAGUGUUUGGGGGGAUGAACAAUCAGGUUUUAUCUGUAACACUCAACAGCCUGGUUGUGAGAACGUCUGCUACGACCGCACCUUCCCCAUCUCGCACAUCAGAUUCUGGGUUCUGCAAAUCAUCUUUGUCUCCACGCCAACGCUGAUCUACCUCGGCCACGCCAUGCACAUUAUUCACAAAGAGAAUAAACUCAGGGAGAAGCUCUCGAGUCCUGGCGGCACCCGUUUGGUCAAAGUUCCGAAAUACUCGGAUGAGAAAGGAAAAAUUAAGAUCAAGGGAAAUCUUUUGGGAAGCUACCUGACGCAGCUUGUGUUUAAGAUCAUAAUAGAAGCAGGUUUUAUUGUGGGACAGUAUUACUUGUAUGGGUUUGUCAUGGUGCCAAUGUUCCCCUGCUCCAGAAAGCCUUGCCCGUUCACCGUGGAGUGCUACAUGUCCCGUCCCACAGAGAAAACCAUCUUCAUCAUCUUCAUGUUGGUAGUGGCUUGUGUCUCCUUGCUGUUGAAUUUCAUUGAGAUGUUCUACCUGCUCUGCACCAGGAUCAGGUGUGGAUCCAGGUCCCACAAUGUCCACAAGAUCACCUCACCAGAGAACCCAGCCAGCCUGUCCGGUCCAAGAUGGCAGACCUCAGAUGACGCACUUAAGCAGAACAAGCUCAAUCUGGAGAUGGAGAGCAAUCAGAGCAUCGGGGGUAGUCUAGAUGGGGCCAAAGAGGAGAAACGGCUAUUAAGUGGACAUUAAAAAGGCUCUCAUUACUUUAAGAUUUUUAAUAGGACUGCAGAAUGUAAUAAACAAUAUCAAUGUAAAAUGCAGUAGCAAAGAUGUAAACUGCAUAUAUUUCCCCCUAAUUAACACUGUACUGUACUGCAGUGGUUUUCAAACUUUUUAUCAAGCACCACUGGAGAAAAUCGUUGGCACUCCUAGUACCAGCAGAUCUAAACCAGUUCUAAAACAGGACUAUAACAGGUUUAAAUUAGGUCUAAAAUCAGCAGAGUACAGCAUGACUAGAGCAGUUCUAAACUAGAAAUAACUCAUGAUACAAAAUUUGAAUAAAAUGGACUCUAAAUUAAGCAAACCCAAGAACUGCAUACCACGGAACUCAAAUACCACAAACACUGCAAACACCUGCAAACAUCCGCUGCACUGUGAUUGUUCGAAUUUUGAGUUGGUGAUUGAAAUUUUUAAACUAAUCAUGAAAAGUGUGCAAUAUGUUUUUGUAUUAAAGUACAAGAAAAGACAGAAUUGUCCACUUAAAUGUGUCUUUUAAGUUAUUGUCAUGAUGUUAAGAAAUAUGUGUAACUAAUUGAUACAAUUAUGAAGAAAGGAGUAUGUGAAAUGCCUUUUGAAUACUUUUUUGUAUGCUUGAUAUUUUUAAUAAAUACGUUGGGAGUUUGACAACAAUA